CGGAGGAGGCUGAGUGGUGCAGUGAGGGACAAACAAAAGGAGGCGCCGGAGGGGUGCAGUGGCCGGCGGCGGGACGGAGCGGCGGGGGCGCGGGGCUGCCUGCUGGGCUGCGGGACCGGGCGGGACCAGGGAGGCAGCUUCCAUGGAGCGAGAGGAAUGCCAAGACCCUGCCCAGACAGACGGGGGCCAGCCUCAGGACCGACAGCCAGCACGCAGAUAGCAGAGCUGUGCACAGGGUUGAACCAUGAUUCCAGUGACAGAGCUCCGUUACUUCGCGGACACGCAGCCAGCGUACCGGAUCCUGAAGCCGUGGUGGGACGUGUUCACCGACUACAUCUCCAUUGUCAUGCUGAUGAUCGCGGUCUUCGGGGGCACGCUGCAGGUCACCCAGGACAAGAUGAUCUGCCUGCCUUGUAAGUGGGUCACCAAGGACUCGUGCAACGACUCGUUCCGGGGCUGGGCGGCCCCGGGCCCGGAGCCCACCUACCCGAACGCCACAGUGCUGCCGACCCCUGGCACGGGCCCCACGGGCAUCAAGUACGACCUGGACCGGCACCAGUACAACUACGUGGACGCCGUCUGCUACGAGAACCGCCUGCACUGGUUCGCCAAGUACUUCCCCUACCUGGUGCUUCUGCACACGCUCAUCUUCCUGGCCUGCAGCAACUUCUGGUUCAAGUUCCCACGCACCAGCUCGAAGCUGGAGCACUUCGUGUCCAUCCUGCUCAAGUGCUUCGACUCGCCCUGGACCACCCGGGCCCUGUCCGAGACGGUGGUGGAGGAGAGCGACCCCAAGCCGGCCUUCAGCAAGAUGAACGGCUCCAUGGACAAGAAGUCGUCGACGGUCAGCGAGGACGUGGAGGCCACCGUACCCAUGCUGCAGCGGACCAAGUCCCGGAUCGAGCAGGGCAUCGUGGACCGCUCGGAGACGGGCGUGCUGGACAAGAAGGAGGGGGAGCAGGCCAAGGCGCUCUUCGAGAAGGUGAAGAAGUUCCGCACGCACGUGGAGGAGGGGGACAUCGUGUACCGCCUGUACAUGCGGCAGACCAUCAUCAAGGUGAUCAAGUUCGUCCUCAUCAUCUGCUACACCGUCUACUACGUGCACAACAUCAAGUUCGACGUGGACUGCACCGUGGACAUCGAGAGCCUGACGGGCUACCGCACCUACCGCUGUGCGCACCCCCUGGCCACGCUCUUCAAGAUCCUGGCGUCCUUCUACAUCAGCCUGGUCAUCUUCUACGGGCUCAUCUGCGUGUACACGCUCUGGUGGAUGCUGCGGCGCUCCCUCAAGAAAUACUCGUUUGAGUCCAUCCGCGAGGAGAGCAGCUACAGCGACAUCCCCGACGUCAAGAACGACUUCGCCUUCAUGCUGCACCUCAUCGACCAGUACGACCCGCUCUACUCGAAGCGCUUCGCCGUCUUCCUGUCGGAGGUGAGCGAGAACAAGCUGCGGCAGCUGAACCUCAACAACGAGUGGACACUGGACAAGCUGCGGCAGCGGCUCACCAAGAACGCGCAGGACAAGCUGGAACUGCACCUGUUCAUGCUCAGCGGCAUCCCCGACACCGUGUUCGACCUGGUGGAACUGGAGGUGCUGAAGCUGGAGCUGAUCCCGGAUGUGACCAUCCCACCCAGCAUCGCCCAGCUCACGGGCCUCAAGGAGCUGUGGCUGUACCACACGGCGGCCAAGAUCGAGGCGCCCGCCCUGGCCUUCCUGCGCGAGAACCUGCGCGCCCUGCACAUCAAGUUCACGGACAUCAAGGAGAUCCCGCUCUGGAUCUACAGCCUGAAGACCCUGGAGGAGCUGCACCUGACGGGCAACCUGAGCGCCGAGAACAACCGCUACAUCGUCAUCGACGGGCUGCGCGAGCUCAAGCGCCUCAAGGUGCUGCGGCUGAAGAGCAACCUGAGCAAGCUGCCGCAGGUGGUCACCGACGUGGGCGUGCACCUGCAGAAGCUGUCCAUCAACAACGAGGGCACCAAGCUCAUCGUCCUCAACAGCCUCAAGAAGAUGGUCAACCUCACCGAGCUGGAGCUGAUCCGCUGCGACCUGGAGCGCAUCCCGCACUCCAUCUUCAGCCUGCACAACCUGCAGGAGAUCGACCUCAAGGACAACAACCUCAAGACCAUCGAGGAGAUCAUCAGCUUCCAGCACCUGCACCGCCUCACCUGCCUGAAGCUCUGGUACAACCACAUCGCCUACAUCCCCAUCCAGAUCGGCAACCUCACCAACCUCGAGCGCCUCUACCUGAACCGCAACAAGAUCGAGAAGAUCCCCACCCAGCUCUUCUACUGCCGCAAGCUGCGCUACCUGGACCUCAGCCACAACAACCUGACCUUCCUCCCCGCCGACAUUGGCCUCCUGCAGAACCUCCAGAACCUGGCUGUCACGGCCAACCGGAUCGAGGCGCUGCCCCCGGAACUCUUCCAGUGCCGGAAGCUGAGGGCCCUGCACCUGGGCAACAACGUGCUGCAGUCGCUGCCCUCGAGGGUGGGCGAGCUCACCAACCUGACGCAGAUCGAGCUGCGGGGCAACCGGCUGGAGUGCCUGCCGGUGGAGCUGGGCGAGUGCCCGCUGCUCAAGCGCAGCGGGCUGGUGGUGGAGGAGGACCUGUUCAACACGCUGCCGCCCGAGGUCAAGGAGCGGCUGUGGAGGGCCGACAAGGAGCAGGCCUGAGCGCCGGCCCCGCUGAGCACCGGGUCCGAGGAGCCCUCAGGGCCCGGGGACACAGACAGCCGGGCCGACCAGCCGGGCCUCCGCCAGGGCAGGAGCCUGGGGCUGGAGGUCGGCUGGGCUGCGGCUGGGCUGCGGGACCAUACCUGAGGGGCUGGCCCCUUCCCUCCUUCUGAGACUCAUGCCCCCCAGGGCGGGCGCCUGUCAGGGAGAUCAGAGACCCAUGUCUUAGAGCGCAGUAUUUGGACAAUCAGGGCCUUCCCCCCAGGCCAUCUCUGCCCGAGAGGCCGAGCUGACGCCAGAGGCCCGGGACGCCCACUUAGCCUUUGGUAUUUAUUUUUCUCCACUUCCCAUCCCCUCCCUCUGGAUAACUUAUACAUUCCCAACAAAGUUCAGUUCUGAUGGGGGGCGCUGUGUAAGGAAGGAUGUGCCGUUUCCCUUUCCUUUUUGGGUGAUGCCACCGGCAGUACCACCCAGACUUGAGUGGAGGGGUCCAGGGAGAGCCAGCCGCAACAGUUGCCCCAGCGGUGCUGGGCUGGGCUCUGGCGGUGUGGCCCGUGGGACGGCAGGCCUGCCAGGUGGAAAUGCCAGGCCUGGGACUUGUCUCAUCAGUUUUAGAUUUUUUUUUUUAAGUGGAAAAAAAAAAUGAAGAACAUUUUUUUUAAAGCUUUGAAAAUUGAUGGUUUGGGUAUUAAAAAGGAAAAAAAAGUAAAAAAAACCCUAAAAAAACCCACAAAAGACAGUGAAGGCCAGUGAGUUGGGGUCUCAGGGCAGGAUGGCAGCUUUCCCUUGAGCAGAGCAGCAGGACACUGAACUGUGUUUCCUCCCCCUCCCCCGCCCCCCCAGGGUGCAGGCUGCAGGAUGUCUUUGAGUCUGGUGUGACCUUGGUGCAGGAGAUCUGUUUGUUCCUCUCCUCUCCUAGGGCGGGGUUUUUGUUUUGUUUUGUUUUGUUUUGUUUUGUUUUGUUUUUGGCGUCUUGUUUUCUUUUUCCUCCAUGUGUCUUGGCAGGCACUCAUUUCUGUGGCUCUUGGCCAAAGGGAAUGUUCUGGAGCUGCCAAGAAAGGAGGAGACUCGGGUUGGCUAAUCCCCAGAUGAACGGUGCUCCAUCCUCCCCGUCCGUCUCUCGUCACAGUGUUAAGGAGCCAAGAGGAGCUACUUCGCCCGGACUCUGCUUUCCCACCUCAUGUAUCAUGAGUUUGCCCAGUGCCACCCCUAGCCCCAGCCGCUGACAUCAGCCCUGGCACCGCCUGGUCCUUCAGAAGAGACACUUGGAGGCGGGGCCGUGGGUGGGGAGGUCACCUCUGGGAGGGCUGUCUCCCUAGGUUUGGGUUCUGAUAGCCCUCUCGGUGCCUGGUGGCGAGAAGCCACCUCACUUUAGAUCAGUCACGGGGGUCCCCACAUUAGAAGGGUCCCCGCCUUAGAUCAAUCACUUGGACACUAAGGCACGUUUUAGCGUCUCUUGUCUUAACAAUUAUGUCCAUUUGUGUUUUCUGCGUCACGUCAGCGGAUGUAAUCCUCAGAAAUAAUGCACACUAGCCUUUGACGACCAUGAAGCAAUCCGUUACAUGAGGGUCUGAACUUGUAGACUCCGUUCAAAUAUCAAAUAAAUCUGUAACAGAAAGUA